GAAAGCUAGGUCUUAUCUUAGGCCACCUGUUCCUUUAUGAGCAUCCCUGAUCAUCUGCUGUUAGAGGUGACCCAUCUUCAACCUCGUGACUUCCCUGCACUGAACCUUGCUCUCUGGGCAAACUUGCUCCUGUCUGUGAGACUGCAGAGCCAGCGACUCCUUUCAGGCUGUGCCCAUCACACCGGCUCAGCCAGCUAGACUCCUGCUCCUCCCAUGGCCUCCCUUCCUCGUGGGGGCCCACCCUCCCCAUCACACGCUUCCCUGAUUGAAUCUUCACUCCCCGUGGCCGUGGUACAGUGGGAAGACAAUUUAUUUGAGCCCCACUGCUUGCAGGGAAAAUACCUGCUCAGGACAGUAAAAGUUAAGAUUUCAUCACUCUUAGGGGGAACGGUAUUAUUUUUCCAGUUUCUCUUAAAUCCACUCAGGUUUCUGUUUUGAACAUAUGAAAGACAGUACCAAAUACUGCAACCUACUCAAGAGAAAAGCUUCCGAGGACUUUUGCUGUUGUUGUUUUAAUAUUUGUAUUUUCUCUACUACACUAUUCAUCCUUUGGUUAAUCUUUUUUUAACUGAGAUACACCACAAAAUUACUCACAUAAAAUGACAAUUCAGUGACACUUUAGCAGACUGUGUAACCAUUGUCACUAAUUCCAAACACAUUCAUCACCCCAGGGGAAAUCCUGUAUUCUUUAAGGCUCCUCUCCGUCGCUAGCCCCUGGCAAGUACUAAUAUACUCUUUGUCUAAUUUGCCUGUUUUGACCAUUUUACACAAUAAUGCUUUUAAGAUCUAUGUGGCGUUUUAUUCCUUCUUAGAGGUGAAUAUAUUCCAUUGGAUGUAUAGAUCUCAAAUUAUCCAUCCAUCAAUUAAUGAACAUUUGCUUUUUUCCUACUAUUUUUUGACUAUUAUGAUAAAUACUGCUAUAAACAUUUGUGCACAAGUUUUUGUGUGAAUAUACAUUUUCAGUUCUCUAAUGUGCAUACACCUAGGAUAGGAAUCUCUGGGUAACGUGGUUUAACUUCUUGAGCAAACGCUAAACCCUUUGCCAGAAUCGCACUAUUUGCAUUCCCACCAGUGAGGGCGGAGUGCUCCAGUUCCUCCACAUCCUCAUCACCCGUCUUUCAAAAAUGGUUCCUAGGGCUUUUCACUUGCUGUUUCUUCUCGAACACUAGGUUUCAUCUGGGGAUGGGUCCUGGGUUUGAAUAUAGUCGUAGGAUAGACAUAACUCUCAGAAAGAAACAGCAAGAGCCAGGUAUGGUGGUUCCUUCAGAUGCCUGAAAUCCCAGCAUUUUGGGAGGCUGAGUGAGAAAAAUUGUGAGUUCAAACCCAACCUGGGCACCUUAAUGACUUAAUGAGACCCUGACCGCCCCCCCCAAUUUUUUUUAUUUUCAAGAGAAAAAAAGAUAAAAACAAUGCCACAAAAUUUCAAAACAAGAUUGUAGGAGAGAAACAAUGGCAAGACAUAAGCUUACCUGAAAAUGGAAAACUUUAUCUGGGAUUACAACUCCUCUGACUAUUUCGGUCAUUACAGCACUGAUCUGAGCCAAAUUUCAUCAGAGUCUUCCCCGUGCUAUCCAGAAUCCCUGGAAAUCAAUACUUAUGUCGUAGUUAUAAUCUAUGCCUUGGUGUCCCUGCUGAGCCUGCUGGGAAACUCCCUGGUGAUGAUGGUCGUCUUGCACAGCAGGAGCACGUGCUCUGUCACUGAUGUCUACCUGCUGAACCUGGCCAUAGCUGACCUGCUCUUUGCCCUGACCUUGCCCUUCUGGGCAGCCUCCAAGAUGAUUGGCUGGAUUUUUGGCACAUUCAUGUGCAAGAUUAUCUCAUUCCUGAAGGAAGUCAACUUCUACAGCAGUAUCCUGCUACUGGCCUGCAUCAGUGUGGACCGCUACCUGGCCAUCGUCCACGCCACACGCACUGUGAUCCAGAAACGGCACUUGGUCAAGUUUGUGUGCUUAGCUGUGUGGGCAGUAUCUCUGUUUCUGUCCCUGCCCAUGCUACUGUUCCGUAGCACUGUCUACCUGCUCGACCUCCCCUUAGUCUGCUAUGAAGACAUAGGGAGCAGUACGACCCGAUGGCGCCUGGUGCUGCGCAUCCUGCCUCAGUUCUGGGGCUUCAUCCUGCCCCUGCUCAUCAUGCUGUUCUGCUACGGCUGCACGCUGCGCACGCUGUUCAAGGCCCAGAUGGGGCAGAAGCACCGGGCCAUGAGGGUCAUCUUCGCCGUCGUGCUUGUCUUCCUGCUCUGCUGGCUGCCCUACAACCUGGUCCUGCUCGCUGAUACCCUCAUGAGGACCGGCCUGAUCGAGGAGACUUGUGAGCGCCGUGACCACAUAGACAGGGCCCUGGAGGCCACUGAGAUCCUGGGCUUCCUCCACAGCUGUCUCAACCCCAUUAUCUAUGCCUUCAUCGGCCAAAAGUUUCGCUAUGGACUCCUCAAGAUCAUGGCUGCUUAUGGCCUGAUCAGCAAGGAAUUCUUGCCCAAGGAGGCCCGGCCUUCCUUUGCUGGUUCUUCCUCAGGAAACACAUCCACCACCCUCUGAGAUGGUUUGCCCAAGUUGUAGCCUCUUGGGUUUCUCCUUUUUUCUUCAGCAUCCUAUUCCAAGCCUCACACCCACUGGCUGUUCAUGGAAUCCAUGGUGAUGCAGCCCCGUCAUUGUGGUUUCAGGAAGAAUCAGAGGCCUCAUGCUCACCAAGCUCACCAGGCCUCAUGAUCACCUAUCUGUGAUCACUAUGCUGACUAAUAGUCUUGGUCCAUCCUACCACUAGGCCCAAAGCAGUCUAUUUUCUAAGACAUGCAAAUCAAAACCACAAUGAGAUAGCAUGUUAUACCCACCAGGGGAAGCUAUUAUCAGAAAGAAGAAAAAUAAAGAAAAAAUAGAAAAUGCCAGCAAGAUAGGGAGAAACUGGUGGCUUUCUCCCACAGAGCUGGUGGGAGUAGAAGAUGGCACAGCCACCAUGGAAAAUAGCAAGGCAGAUUUCCUUAAAACGGUCAACAGAAUGACCACAUGAUGCCGCAAUUCCACUUCUAGGCAUGUACCAAAAGAAUUGUAAGUGAUGACUUGGACAAAUAUUUUUACACCACAGCAUUAUUUAUAACAAUAAAGGCAGAAAUAACCCAAAAGCUGAUUGACAAAUGAAUGGAUAAAUGAAACAGGAUGAUAAGAUAUUGUGAUAGAAUGUUACUUGGUCAUGAAAAGAAGGGACUGGUACAAGUUACAGCAUGGAUGAACCUUGAAAUGUUUUGCUUAGUGAAAGAAGCAGGCUACUAAAGGAAAAUACUGUAUAAUUGCACUUACACAAAGUAGCUAGAAUAAUCAAGUUCUGAGACACAAAAGAGAACAAUGCCUGGAGGGGAGAAUGAAGGGUCACUGUUUAACGGGUGCAGAAUUUCAGUUUGGAGUGAUGGACAAGUUCUGGAGGUGGACAGGAUGGGAGUUUUACAAUAAUGUGAAAGCACUGGAUGCCCCUAAACUGUUCACUUAACACGGUUAAAAAGAGGCUGGGGUACAGUUCAGCGGCAGAGUUCCUGCCCAACAUUUGUAUGGCCCUGGAUUCUAUCCCCAGCACCUCAAAAGAUAAAAUAAAUACAGUAAAUGUUUGUAUUUAACCUCAAUUUUAAAAAAAUCUGAGCCCAAAAGACACUUUUACCGCCUACCUGCAAUUUCUUGUAAAGCAAUAUCAUUAAAUAUUUUUUUAAUAAA